AUGUGGCGGCCCAUGACCGUGCCGACGACCUGUGGGUAUCUCUCUUCCACAAGGCGCAUCGCUCUGCACACAUCGGUCGUCGACCUGAGCGACCUGGUGUUCCUGCACGCCGGUCCGCUCGCCCAGCCUCUGAUUGAGGCGGCGGGAACUGACAUCACGCACUGGUUUGACCCAGCCACGCAUGGCCUGCGGCGGCACAUUGACCCCAAGACCGGCACACUGGCGCCCUUCGUGCCACUGGGGAGGUUUAUCCACUGCCCGCCUGCGGGCUCUGGUGCGGAGUUUGAUCCGGCGGCGGAGGUGCCGUGGUGGUUGGACGACAGCCUUGUCGUCGGCGCGCUCACUCGCAAGACGCGGUCGGUCCGGCUGCUGAACAUGCUAACGCAACAGGAGACCGCGCUCGAGGUGUGCGCUGAGGAGACGCUCGAUGAGAUCCAGCAGCGUUACCUCGACCACAACGCGCACUCGGGCUCCUACGCCUGGAAGCGGACAGACGCACGCGGCAGCCGCUUCCUCGACAUGAGGCGCACGCUCGAGGCGAACGGGGUGCCGGACGAGGACCGCACCUUUGACUCUCUCUCCAUUCCCGACGAUUUCUACGUGCCAACGCUGCACCUCUACUUUGCGGACGACCUCACCGCGAGCGCUUGA